CAGUUUACUUGAUCACUAUAUAAUCAGAACCAGAGGGGGCCUCUGGCUUCACAGAGCAGCAACCCAUCUCCAGGAACAAACAAUUGGAAGCCAUCCCAGAAGCCAUCUUCAGUUGGAGGGAAACUUCCAGAUUUUUGCAUCUCCAAGGCAGUGAUGGCUCUCCAGAAGACCCUUUCAUUGCUUCUGCUCUUGUUGCUGACCCUGCUGGGGCUGGGGCUGGUGCAGCCCUCCUAUGGCCAGGAUCGCAUGCACCAACGAUUCCUGCGGCAACAUGUGGACCCUAAUGGGGCAGGUGGCAAUGAUGGCUACUGUAACAUUAUGAUGCAAAGACGGAAGAUGACUUCACAUCAUUGCAAGCACUUCAACACGUUCAUCCAUGAGAACAUCUGGAACAUUCGUAGUAUCUGCAGCACCACCAAUAUCCAGUGCAAGAAUGGCAAGAUGAACUGCCACGAGGGUGUAAUGCACGUCACAGACUGCAGGGAGACAGGAAGUUCCAAAGCCCCUAACUGCAGAUAUAGGGCCAUGACCAGCACUAGGCGUGUUGUCAUUGCCUGUGAAGGUAACCCAGAGGUGCCUGUGCACUUUGACAGAUAGAUGGUACCUUGCAGGGGUUAUGGCCCAGUGGUUGACCUUUAACUUACUCCUUGAGUGGCAGUGAGUAAUGUAUUUGAGCUUUCCUGGUCUCUGUCUCCUCUGCUUAUGUCUACUUCUUUUUGUUUAUGUAACCCAUUCUGUUCAAUGCAUCAAAGAGAAAUGGAGACAUAAACCUAAAAUGGGACUGGACUUUUCUGUAAUAAACAUUUCAGUAAACUCUUCUGCUUCCUUUUAUAAUACUGGUCAGCAUAACUCUCUCAGAUCCUACCCUCUGCAAUUUAAUCAUAUGUCUUUAUGUAGCAUUUCAAGUAUUUCCAGGUGCUUGCACCUCAGUUAUCCCAUUUUAAUACCACAGCACCCCUGUGAUGCUGAUAGUGCUAUGUAUAGGAGCCCAAAGUUAAGGGAUUUGCUAAAGACCAUGAAGUUAGUGGAAAAGCUGAAGCAAAAAAUCCACUUCAACUAGCUACUAAUCCAGGACUUUCUCUACUUCAUCACAAAAAGUGUUUUGAAAGUAUCUGCUUUUUGAUAUUCCCAAAAGUCAGCUGUUGGGGGAAGCAUUAAAAUUUUGCAAAUAUGUACUGAUAAAUGAGAGCUCUAUCUGUUUGAUUUGGCAACCCUGUUAUGUUUGGGUAAGAUCAAGAAAUGAUGUGGGACAACUGUAACUAAACAGCAAUAAAAAAAGAAGUUCAAGAAAUGA